UCCCGAUAAGCUUCGUGUAAACAAAAUUGAAUUUAUUGGUGAUUUUAAGCUAAAGAGCAAAAAGCUAUGUCACUGCCUUCUCCUUCGUCAUUGCUAAAACCCCCAACCCCCAAAAUCUCGUCCACUUCAUUUCUCUGUCUUUCUACACCUCCUCCUAAGCUUUCCCGCCCUCACAACUUGUAUUUCCCUCGAAAAUUACAUUCCGUUUCCCCUUCCUUUCUCUCUUCUUACAUAACCCAAGACAACGCCGCCGUCGGUGAUGACGAAGAACACGUCAUCGGUGAUUGUCUCGUUUUCGAAGACGGUGCAUUCGAAGACCCUUAUCUCCAACCUGACUCCAUGUUUGACAAUCCCAAUACCACCACAAGAUUUGCUAAAACGAAGCCAAAAAAGAACAAACAAGAAAUUGAAGCAGAGAAUUUAGUUCCAGAGCAAUGGAACCAUGUGGUAGAAGAGAUGAAUAUAACCAAGAAGGAAAGACGAAAAAUGGCGCAACAGUUGGAAUUUGGGCGUAGAGUUGAGAAGAAGAAGCAAGGUUUAGUCCCUAUUAGAACCAUGAAUUCGCAAGAAUACUUGAAGUAUAAAGAAGCUAAAUUAGCUCAGUUGAACCCCGUGGUUCUCGAUAAUCCAUUGACAUUUCCCAAGAAGGAAAACGAAGAAGAUUCAAUGGAGGAUACAGUGAAUAUCCCAUCUUCGAGUGAGCGCGUAGCUCCAAAGAAUCCUAGGUGGGCAGUUUACAGUAAAGGGUUCGAUGAUGUUGCUGAGUUUUUUAACAGUGGAAAUUAUCAGCUAGCCGAGAAAAAUACUCAAGGCUCACGUAAAUUGUUUACAAAGGAAGAAAAGCUUAUGUUGAAUAGGCGUGUACCUGAUUUAGCAGCUGCUACUUCUGGAAAAUGGUUGCCUCUUCACACUCUUGCUGCAUCGGGAGAGUUCUACCUCGUUGAUGCUUUGUUGAAACACAAUGUUGACAUCAAUGCUGUGGACAAGAAUGGUUUGACUGCAAUUCACAAGGCAAUUAUCGGAAAAAAGCAGGCCAUUACCAACUAUCUUUUAAGAGAAUCGGCAAAUCCAUUUGUUCGUGAUGAGGAUGGAGCCACCUUGAUGCAUUAUGCUGUUAAUGCCGCAUCGACUCCUACUAUUAAACUUCUUCUGUUAUACAAUGUUGAUAUAAACCUUCAAGACAAUGAUGGUUGGACACCAUUACAUCUCGCCGUUCAAGCUAGAAGAACCGAUGUGGUGAAGCUUUUACUAAUUAGAGGGGCAAAUAAGAUGCUAAAAAACAAGGAUGGUUUAACACCGCUCGAUCUUUGCCUUUACUUGGGUCGAGACAUGAGAACAUAUGAAUUGAUCAAGAUAUUGAAGCAGCUUCCCAAGCCAAGAAGCAAUGAAAGAUGAUCAAUUUAACCGCAUUCAUUCAGGUUGUUGUGAAACUAGGUGCUGAUGAUACAACCGGUAGUUCACUUAUAGGAAGAAUGUUUUUGUUUGCUUCUUGCACCCAAUUGCUACAUAUUGGUCAGCUUGUCAGAUGUAAUCAUAUUAUUAAGAAAUUUUAUCAAAUCAAUGAUUAAUAUAUACCUUUUGUCA